UGGAAACAAUUUCGAAAUUAUCAUUAUUGAUGAUGGAAGCCCAGAUGGCACGCAGGAAAUUGCUGAACAAUUGGAAAAGAUAUAUGGAGCAGAUAAAAUACUUCUAAGACCCAGAGCCAGAAAGUUGGGCCUCGGCACAGCUUAUAUACAUGGAAUGAAGCACGCCACUGGGAAUUUUAUAGUUAUUAUGGAUGCUGAUCUCUCACACCAUCCAAAAUUUAUUCCAGAGUUUAUCAGAAAACAGAAAGAAGGCAAUUUUGAUAUUGUAUCUGGAACAAGAUAUACAGGAAAUGGAGGCGUAUAUGGCUGGGAUUUGAAAAGAAAAUUAAUCAGUCGUGGUGCCAAUUUUAUAACUCAGGUUUUGCUGAGACCAGGUGCAUCAGACUUAACAGGGAGUUUCAGGUUAUACAGAAAAGAAGUCUUACAGAAACUAAUGGAAAAAUGUGUUUCUAAAGGAUACGUCUUCCAGAUGGAGAUGAUUGUUCGGGCUAGACAGUUAGGAUAUACUAUUGGAGAGGUUCCCAUUUCGUUUGUGGACCGUGUCUAUGGAGAAUCUAAACUGGGAGGCAAUGAAAUAGUCUCCUUCUUAAAGGGACUCUUGACCUUGUUUGCUACAACGUAAUAGUUUAUCCUAAAUUAGCUUUUGCAGAAGAACAUUUUCUGACAUAUGUGGGUUUUUUAAAGUACAUAAAUUGAUAAUUUGUGUGAUAAUUUGUAUAGAAGACCUGCUAUAAACUAACAAUUAAACAAAGCACCAAUA